AUGGCCCUCCCAACUCUCUCCAAAGCCGACCUCAUUGCCCUCUCCCAAACAGAUGUAACCCAACCCAUUUCCAAAGAAUCUAUUUUUGCCGCCCUCGCCACCCCACCCUUCCUCUACAUCCCCGGCACCUUUAACACGCGCGACCUCGGCCUCCUCCCCUUAUCUUCUAGUUCCUCCAGUGGCAAAGGCCGCAAAGUCGGAAUUCGCCCAGGCCUUAUCUACCGCUCCGGCGGCUUCUUUCCCAAUGGCGGCUUCAACGACGCCGCCAAGACGCAACUGGCAACCCAGCUCGGCAUCAAAAAGAUCUUUGACAUCCGUUCCGUAAGGGAACACAGUCAUGCUCCCGACCCGGAGAUCGCGGGGGUAAAAAACUACUGGAUCGCCGCGGAAGCCACGGAAAAAGAAGCGACCGUUAACCUUGCCGAUUUCCUCGAGGGCAAAGGAGAAAGGGGGUACGUGAAGAUGUACAUGGAUGUUCUACGAGGGUAUGAGGAGGUUAUUGGUGCUUUGUUAAGGAGUCUGUUAGAUGCUCCUGAAGAUCAAAAACCGGAGCCAAUAUUGUUCCACUGCACGGCGGGACGGGAUAGGACGGGUGUGGUUGCUGGAUUGCUCCUAAGUUUGGCGGGGGUGAGUGAGGAGGACGUGGAGAUGGAUUGGAUGUUGAGUCGGAUCGGAACGGAGUUGGCGAGGGAGCAACUUUUGGGGUUUGCGAUGAAGGGAGCUGGAGCCAGGAGUGUAGAGAGUCCGGGGUUCGUGAAUUUGGUGUCUUUGAAGAGGGAGUGUUGGAGGGCUUUUGUGAGGGAGGUUAAGAGGGUGUAUGGUGGAUGGAAGGGGUAUGCGAGGGGGGUGUUGGGGUUGAGUGAGGGGGAGGUGGAAAGGAUUGGGAGGGUUUUGAGGGGGGAAUAAUGGGAAUGGGAGGUGGGGAUUAGAGUCAGAUGUAGGUGCAGGUGUAGGCGAGGUGCAGCUGCAGAUGAGGGUGUACGCUUGUGGGAAGGGGUUGAGCGCCGAAGAACUAGAGGGUAUGGAUUUUGAGGGAUGGGUCUUUGGUGAGACACUAUACGACUCUCGUCUCGGACGUUACGUGACCCAUGAAAGAGAGUGAUACACUGUAGCAUAGAGACUAAUGUCUAGAGGUAAUUGACGGAAGUCAGAGC